CCAACUUUUAUCUAACUGGAAACUACUUUUUACUAAACACACCCGGCCCAUGCUUUCUUGUUAAUUUUGCUAAAAAUAACCAUUAAUCCAUUAAUAUCGGUCCCACUGUUUGGGCCUCAAUGGGCCCUCUACAAUUACAUAUUUGCUCUCCUUAAUCCGUCUUCAUAAUCCCGUUAGCGAAUCACUACUUCACAACCAUAAUUUCGGAUCGGAAAAUUGAACAAGCGAAAGAUGGCGUCAGCGAUUGCAAGGUCCAGUCUCCGGAAGGCUCUCGGAGUUGCGCGCGCGAAUCCGGCAUCCACGAGAUCAUUUUCUUCCGGCGCAUCGGUUGAUGAAGAAGCUCGCGAAGCUGCAAAGUGGGAGAAGAUCACAUAUGUAGCGAUUGCUGCUUCCUCGAUUCUUGCAUUCGUUAAUCUGUCAAAAGGACAUCCUCAUUUCGAUGAACCACCUCCAUAUCCAUACUUGCACAUUCGUAACAAGGAGUUUCCAUGGGGUCCAGAUGGGCUCUUUGAAGUCAAGGAACACCAUUAAAUGAUAUGGUGAUAUUUAUGUCACUACACUUCCUUUAAAUAAAGAGUUUGAGGAUGCUAUCUGUUGAUU